AUGCGCCUGGAGGCAUCAAAACUGUUGAGAUGCAAAUCAAGCAGGUUUUUGCCAAAUGUCUCUGAACCUGUCUUCACCUUCCCCGUUGAAGGCCUGUCUAACUAUUUCUUCUUGAAAAGAGAGCAUUUUGGUUUCAGACUCUCCCUUUCUCUUCCAGGUGUUAUUUUUGCACCCUAUGGCCCUGUCUGGAAGCAACAGAGGAAAUUCUCUCUCUCAACACUACGUCAUUUUGGAGUAGGAAGACACAGCUUAGAGCCUAAAAUCAUUGAGGAGCUGCAGUUUAUAAAGGAGGAAAUGCUGAAGCAUGGAAAGGAUUCAUUUAAUCCCUUUCCGAUCAUUCGCAACGCAGUGUCCAAUGUUAUCUGUUCCAUGGCCUUUGGCAGGCGUUUUAACUACGAAGAUGUUGAGUUCAAGACGAUGCUGAAGAACAUGGCCCGUGCACUAGAGCUAAGCGUGAACAGCUAUAUGAUCCUGGUCAACAUCUGCCCUUGGCUGUACUACCUUCCCUUCGGGCCUUUCCGGGAACUUAGGAAAACAGAAUUAGACAUUACUGCUUUUCUAAAGAAAAUAAUUGCACAGCACAGGGAUACACUGGAUGUGGCAAAUCCCAGGGACUUCAUUGAUAUGUACUUCAUUCACGCGGAAGAAGAAAAGAACAACAAGGAGAGCAGUUUUAAUGAAGACUACCUAUUUUUUAUCAUUGGUGACCUCUUCAUCGCAGGCACAGACACUACUUCCAACACAUUACUGUGGUGCCUGCUCUACAUGUCUCUCUACCCAGAAGUGCAAGAGAAGGUUCAUGCAGAAAUUGAAGCAGUUUUAGGACGUGACAAAGUUCCCUCUCUUACCCACAAGGCUCAAAUGCCCUUCACAGAGGCAACCAUUAUGGAAGUGCAGAGGAUGACUGCGGUUGUUCCCCUUUCUAUUCCUCGAAUGGCCUCAGAAACCGCUGUGCUGCAGGGAUAUACAAUUCCGAAGGGCAGUGUGAUCGUGCCCAACUUGUGGUCAGUACACAGAGAUCCUAACAUUUGGGAGAAACCAGAUGAAUUUCAACCAUCAAGAUUUUUGGAUGAAAAUGGCCAGCUAAUUAAGAAAGAGACAUUCAUUCCUUUUGGAAUGGGUAAACGUGUGUGCAUGGGAGAGCAGUUGGCAAAAAUGGAGCUGUUCUUAAUUUUUACAAGUCUAAUGCAAAGUUUUACCUUUCUGUAUCCUGAAAAUGCUGCAAAGCCAUCUAUGGAGGGAAGGUUUGGUCUCACCUUAGCUCCAUGUCCAUUCAAUAUAAUAGCUUUGAAGAAAUGA